ACACACUCUUACACACUCCACACACUCCUCCACAACACCCUAUAGCGGAUUAUACACAGAGCUGAUCUUUAAACAUGACUUUUGAGGAGAUUUGUCAAGACAACAGCACCGAAACAAGCGACAGAGUGCGCAUGCGCAGUGCAGGUCGGGUUCUGGAGGAGGUCUUGGUUUCGUCCAAACAGCAGGACAGACUAACAGUAGGAGUGUAUGAGUCUGCAAAAGUCAUGAACAUUGACCCAGACAGUGUGGUUCUAUGUGUCCUUGCCUCAGGUGAACAGUAUGAGUGGGAUGUGGCGCUGCAGAUCCACUUCACCCUCAUCCAGUCUUUCUGCUUCGACAAUAACAUCAACAUCGUCCACGUGAACGACAUCGAGCGGCUCGCACACACUGUCAGUGACACAGGCACGAGCGAUAACGGAGACACUCACUGCGUGUUGGUCACUAGACCGAGUGAGGCGGCUUGGAAGGACACGGGUCUGGAGAAGCUCACUGUGUUCUGUGAGGAGCGGAGAAGUGUGUAUGAGUGGGUUCCUACUGUCACACUCCCUGAACGAUGAAGUGCACCAGCUGGCUGUGUUCGAAUUUCACCAACCACCUAACAGGACGAGUGUCCUAUGCGUGAGUCCGUCCAGCUGACAGGAGUUUAAUCUGGACCGAGCCGGAGCUGUGUGUGUGUCCGUCCGUGUGUCCGUCCGUGUGUCCGUCCGUGUGUCCGUCAGUGUGUCCGUCCGUGUGUC